AGGGGCGGGACUUCCGGCGUCUCCCUGAGGGGCGCCAUGUUGGUUGCUCGUGGUUGGGUCUUACGGAGUGUUUGGUUAUCAGUGAAAUGACAAAGCGAAAAAUCAAGAGAAAUGGAUUGAUUCCCAGUCCCAAGAGGAGGGGAUGAGGCUCCGCUGAGCUAGGCUGUGCGGCAAUGUUUGUCUUUGUUUUACUGUUGAAUCCCCGCCCAGAUUCCCCCGGGCUCGGUUGGUGGAGCCUAUGAGGUCGGUGAGCAGGUUGCUGGAAUGGAACUGAGGAUGAGGCACUUUCCAAGCAAAGAAUUUCUGCAAGAGCAUCACAGGUUAUCACUCCAAAGCCAGAGCUGUCCACUGAGAAGACCUGGCCUAGGGAGACAUGUGACGCACUCUUGAAAGAUAUUCUGUGCCUCAUUGAGCACAGUAGAACACAAACUGAACAAGAGAUGUGUCGUUGUGAGGCAGAACUUUACCAGCCUCAAAAGCAUACUGGAGAGAAUCUUUCUAGAAGGGACACAUGGAGACUUUCAUUUUUGAAGAACCACAGAGUUCAUAUGGCACAGAAAACCUUCACACAGGGAGAGAUGGAAAGAAUUGCUGGCUACUUCGGGCCUUCUCCAACACCCAGCCCCUCACUGUGGGUUGAAGCCAGAUAAGGAAAUUGAGGACAGGGAACCCCUUCCAAUGGGGCACAACAAUUACACAUGCAGUAAAUGUGGGAAAACCUUCAGAUGUGAAUACUCCCUUGUUGAACAUGAGAAAACUCACACAUGAGAAAGGCCAUAUCAGUGUAACAAAUGUGGGGAAUUCUUCAGGUACAGUGCCAACUUAAUGAAACAUCAGAGUAUUCACAGUGGAGAGAGGACUUAUGAGUGUAGAGAAUGUGGAAAGUCAUUUAUGUACAACUAUAGACUCAUAAGACAUAAAAGGGUUCACACUGGAGAAAGGCCUUAUGAAUGUAAUGUAUGUGGGAAAUUCUUUAUGGACAGCUCUACCCUCAUUCAACACCAAAGAGUUCACACUAGAGAAAGGCCUUUUAAGUGCAGUGAAUGUGGGAAGUUCUUUAGGUACAACUCUACCCUCAUUAGACAUCAGAGACUUUACAGUGGAGAAAGGCCUUAUGAGUGCAGCAUAUGUGGGGAAUUCUUCAGGUACAACUCCAACCUUGUUAAACAUUGGAGAAACCACACUGGAGAAAGGCCUUACAAGUGCAGCGAGUGUGGAAAAUGCUUUAGGUACCACUGCAGGCUCAUUAGAGCAAGUUCACAUUGGAGAGAGGCCUUAUACGUGUAGUCAGUGUGGGAAAUUCUUCUGAUACAACUCCAACCUCAUUAAACACUGGAGAAAUCAUACUGGAGAAAGACCUUAUGAGUGCAGAGAGUGUGGGAAAACCUUUAGCCACAAACAUGUACUUGUUGAGCACCAGAAGAUCCAUACUGGUAAAAGACCUUAUGAAUGCAGUGAGUGCCGAAAGGCCUUCAUUUGAAAGUGCCACCUGGUUCAUCAUCAGAAAAUCCACAAUGCAGAAAGGCUGGUGCGCUCUGUGAAUGUGAGGAAUUCUAUAGGUACAGCUCCAGUUUCAUUAAACAUCAGAGAUUUCAUCAUGCAGAAAAUUUACCGUUGACUUUUAAUUGGACAGUGUUUUCUGAACUCCCAUUGUUCCUGCAGUUAAUCUACAGAACUUACAGAAGUAAAACCAUUCCCAUUAAAUGAGAAUGCUGGGGCUGGGGACUUAGCUCAGUGGCAUAAGUGUCUGCCUGGCAAGUGUGAGGUCGCGAAUUCCGAUCCUUGGUACCAAAAAAAAAAAAUUUUCCUUCCCCUGCUGGCCCUUACUACUGCUUCUCUAUAGUUUUAGCUAGGAGUUGGACCCCUAGUGCUACUUAUAAGUGGAGUCAUACAGUAUGCCUUUUUGUGACAGACUUCUUACUUAGGAUAGUGCCCCUAAGGUUCAUCCAUGUGUAAUAUGUCAGAAAUUUGUUCCUUUUUUUAGUGAAAUAAUAUUCCGUGGUGGAUGUACACCAUACUUCUUUAUCUCUCCAUUGACUAAUAGAUACCUGUAUAGUUGUCACUUUCAGCUAUAAGGGAGAAUGCUAGUGUGAGGAUGAGUGUACCUCAUGGUUUGAACCCUGCUUUCAGUUUGGGUGUUUCCAGAAAGGAAAAUACUGUGUCAUACAAUGUCUUUCACUUUAGUAAGGAACUGUUUUCCACAAUACCUGUACCACUUAACGUUCCCACCACACUGCACAGCAUUUGUCUGCCUCAUUACCAACACUUCCUUUUCUGUUUCUGGUGUUUGUGUGUUUGUGUGUGUAUUUACCUCACCUUUUGGGCCUGAGAACACAUGGCUUUUCAUUUUUAUAUUGUCAGUGAUGUAGAACAGCUUAUCUGUGCUUAUUAGCAUCUAUUCAUCUGGAGAAAUACCAGCUGUUACCAUUUUUAAUGAGGUUUCUUGUUGUUGAAUUACAGAAAUUUUAGAAAUACAAAUUUUUAUGUGAUCUUAAAAUGUUUUCUCCUAGUGCGUAGAUUGUUGUUCUGUCAGUUAUAUCCUUUGCUGAUUUUUUUUUUUUUUUGUCUUUUUGAGACAGGGUCUCGCUGUGCAGUUCAGGCUGGCCUUGGGCUCACUUUGUAGCCCAGGCUGGUCUUAAAUUUUCAGUGAUCCUCCUACCUCAGCCUCCCUAGUUCUGGGAUUACAGGAGUGCACCACCGUGCCCAGCUCUUUGCUGAAAUUUUUUAACUUUCAUAUAGUCCACAUUCUUUUAUUUCAUUUAUGCUUUUGAUAUAUGCAAGAAAGCAUUGUCAGCUGGGGAUUUAGCUCAGCGGCUCAAAGCACUUGCCUGGCAAAUGCGAGGUCGAGUUUGAUCCCUGGUACCAAAAAAAAAAAAAAAAUGCUAAGAAAGCACUGUCAAAUCCAGUUUUAUGCAGCAUUUUCCUUAUGUUGUAUUCUAAGUGUUGUAUUUAUAAGCCUUAUAUUUAUGUCUUUUAUCCUUUUUAGGGGGAUGGGUAAAGCCUUACUAUAUUACUUAGGCUGAACUCAUGGGUUUGGAUCCUCUUGGUUCAGCCUUUCAAAUAGCUGGCACUAGAGGUAUGUGCCUCUGUGUCCAGCAUUCAUUUGUUUUUGUAUAAGAUGUUAGGCAUACCUCCAUUUUCAUGCUUUUGCAUGUGGAUAACUAGCUUUCUAAGCUCUGUUUAUUGAAAUACUACUUUUUUCUUUUCUUUUUUUCUUUUGAGACAGUGUUGCUAUGUAGUUCAAGCUGGACUUGAACUCAUUAUGUAGGCCAGGCUGGCUACAAACUCACAGUGAUGCUCCUGCUUUCGCUUCCCAAGUGCUAGGAUUACCGGUAUGCACCACCAUGCCUGGCAUUUGUUUGUUUGUUUGUUUCUCUUUAAGCAUAUACUAUUUACUAUUUUGAAUCCUUUUGGAAGCCUAGGCUAGAGGUAGACCAGUUCCUCUGCUGGAAAGCUGCUUAUAUCUUUACUCUCAAUUCAUUCUUUUCUUGGGCUCUCAGGCUCUGGGCACUAGAGAUCAGCCCAGAUAAUUCAGAUUAGCCAUUUCUUGGAACACUGGAAGCCAAGCUAACCCAGUCCUGUUGUCUUACAUAAGCUGAUCCGCUUUUUCCUAGCUAUAGGCAGCAAAUACUCCUGUUGCAUGUAUCUGACAUUACGUCUUGCUGUGAAAAAAAAAACCUUUGUAUCUUGUGUUUGUGUGUGGGAGCUCUAUACCCAGAAGGGCAGUAAAAGUGCAGCAGGCUGGGGAUUCAGCUCAGUAGUACAGCACUUGCCUAGCAUACAGAAGGCCCUGGGUUCUGUCCCUUGCACUGAAAGGGGAGUGGGGUGUUAGGUGUGGUGAGGUGGGGUGUUAGGCUGAGGCAGGAGGACUGCAAGUUCAGACCAGCCUGGGCAAGUUUCCAAGGGCUGAGGUAUAGCUUAGAAGAUCCUAGGUUCAGUCUGUAUUAGGAAGAAAAAGAAUAACAACCAAACUAUGAUGGCACAUGCUUGUAAUCCCAACACUUAGGAGGCUGAGGCAAGAAGAUCAGUCUAAAUUCAAGAAUAGCCUUGAUUACAUGGCCAGUCCCUGGAAAGGAAGGAUGAAGUGACUUGAAAGUCAUUAGGUGUUACCCACAUUCAGCACCAGCAAGUUCUUACUGGAGAAUGGCCUUAGAAUGCAGGCAGUAUGCUCUUUGCUUGUUCAACUAAUAGAGCAGAAACUCCAGGAAUAGGCUUUGUAACAAGAUGGGCAACAGCUGAACCUCUAACAUCCACAGCAGGGUUAUACUUUAUGUCACCAGAUACAUGGCAGAGUUGCAAACUACAUUGCGCCCUUGGGUUUGCUUGCCGUCUUUGACAGUUAUUUCACUGUUGCUGUCUAUAACAAAGGUCAUUUCUCCCUGCCAGCUGGCCAAAAGCCACAGAAUGUGGUAUCAUUACAUUAAAAGGCUCAGGCAUGAACCAGGUGUGGUGGUGCAUGCUUGUAAUCCUUGGCAAGAGGAUCACAAAUUUGAGACCAACCUGGGUGACUUAGCAAAAUGUCUCAAAAAAUAAAAAUAGUAUCUGAGUGAUAGAAUGCUUGCCCAGCAUGUGCAAAUUCCCUGGUGUGAUCCCUAGUACCAUCAAAACUAGGACAGAAAAACAACAAGUUAGGACAUGGCAUUAUCCUGGUUUAUCUUUGGAGGAUGCAUGGGUCAUUUGAUUGCUUUGGGUGCCUUACUCCCUUGCCAAAGGUUGGUUUGGCUGUGGAUGUCAGCUUUGGAUCAAGGACAUGGCCUGUUGUUGACUAGGAGCUUGCAGAAGUUUUCCUUAGGAACAAUAUUGGUUAUCUUGAGACCCUCAUGAGUUUUUCCAACCUCCCAGUAACCCAUUCUGUGAACUGUCCCCCAUUUGUUUUUUGUGAUGUGUCAUAAUAAAAACCUGAAUAUAGGAUGUUUAAGGCAUGUUGACAAAAGCAAUACACAAAAAUAUGUAGGAUACACCUUGUAUAAUAGACAGCUGGCCACCCUUUUCCUUACUAUUGUGCCUGAAAUCCAGUGAAUAAUAAAUAUGAUGCUAGAGUAAUAAAGAUGUUGCAGAUGCCCUAUUCA